AUGGAAAUCUCAGAAGAUACAAAUUCUGUCAUUACAAUGUUUGUGGAUGCAGAUCAACUCACGUUUCUGUACUCGAAAAGUAUGGCUGAAAUAACCAGCGCUCAAGUAUCAACUUUUCAAUCCUUAUCUAAGGAAGGAGAGUUAAAAGUUACCAUCAAAAACAUCGGAACUUCAUUAUGCUCAUAUGUCAUCUCCAUCUCGAAAUGUAGCAGCAAUAUUUUGCCAACAGUAGAACAAAGAAUAGAGCUACAUCAGUCCGAAGAAAGCAGUAUCAACUUUCCAAUAAGGACUAGUACUGAACUUGCAGCAUCGAACGAAUGUACUGUCUCUCUUAUGUACAGUGAUGGAGAAAAAAUUAAGGACCUCCUUGUGAAGUUUGAUUCAAAGGAUGCAUUCCAGAAGGCCAUUGAUGGGUCAAUCGACCAGACAGGAAAAGUGCAAACAGAAGGUGACAAUUCAGCAAAUCAAUGCAAAUGUGGUUCUCCCUUCGAUGUCAUUUGCAUUGUCUUACACAGUUGCAUUGAUUACAUCAUUGGAUGGGUUGCUGCCAUUGUUGGCAUUAUUGCCAUUCCAAUUGUUUUCGUUUUCAUGUGGCGUUGUGGUCUCUUUGGUCUUCUCUUCCAAUCUUGUAAAUGUUGUGCCUGUUGUUGCUCUCUUCUUCCAAAAGGUAUUAUGAAAUGCCUAAUUUCACCUUACAAGAAGAAGAAAAAUCGAUCCAAGAAGAAAUCCAAAAAGAGAACAAGUCAUUCCUCAGAGAGUAGUGAUGGUGAAAGUAAAUCAAAAAAGAAAAAGAAGAAAAAGCAACGAAGGAAUAGAUAUAGAAAUUCAAUGAGAAUGAUGAAUGAUGGUGAUCAUGCAUUAUGGACCUAUUACAAUCCUUCUUCUUCUUCCUUUAUGAAGACACAACAAAUGUAUGGAAAACAUUUGAAACCAAAUCCAUCGUAUGAAAUGAUAGAAAAUGAAUGUUACGAACCUGUGGCUAGAUAUUACAAGUAG